UGUCGCUUCAAGCACCGAACAAAACCAAUAUAACCAUUUAUACAUAAGAUGUCAAGCGCUCCAAUAAGAGACAAUUCCCGAAAAUCAUUGUUAAAAACCGUAGACAAUGAACAUGAAAAAACGGAAAAGAAAUUAACUGUUCUUGAAACGCAUGGUUAUGCUCUUGGAAAAACAAUAGGAUCCGGAUCAUAUGCUACCGUAAAACGUAUAUAUUAUCAUGGAAUACGCCCAAAAUGGUAGCUUAUUAGACAUAAUAAGACUAGAUACUUUUAUCGAUGAAUUCCGUAGUCGUAGAUGGUUUCGGCAAUUAUUAGAAGCAAUCGAUUAUUGUCAUGGACGCGGUAUAGUUCAUAGGGAUGUCAAAUGCGAAAACCUUCUAAUGGAUUCCAACUUCAAUGUUAAAUUGUCUGACUUUGGAUUUGCGCGUGGUCGUAUGAAACCAAAGAAUGGUAUAAAUCCACUAAGUGAAACUUUCUGUGGAAGUUAUGCAUAUGCCUCGCCUGAAAUAUUAAAAGGAAUCCCAUAUUUACCUCAACUUGCCGAUGUAUGGUCCAUGGGUGUAGUACUUUAUGCUAUGGUUUACGGUCGGCUACCAUUUGACGACACAAAUUACAACCAACUUCUAAAGCAAGUUCAAAAUAAGAUUACAUUUCCUAAAGAACCGAAGGUGUCUCAAGCUUGCCGUUCUCUUAUCGCCCGAAUACUUGUACCGCAACGAACACGGUUACACAUUGAUAAUAUAAGAAAUGAUAUUUGGCUUUCCGAAUCGCUUGUCACAGUUCAAACUUCUACUAGCGAUACCUUCGUGAAUGCUCCAUAUACAUUACCAAAGGCUAGUGAAAUAACAGUGAAUGAAAAGAAUAAAAAACCAAACAAACAUGCUGAUAUUAAAGCUCGAAAAUCAUCCGAUUUAAGUAUAGAUCAAAAUAAUAACUGUGUGUACCUGAAAUAG